AGCCUCAGAACUGGUGGCGCCCGCAAGCUGACCUGUCUGUGGAUGCAAGACGUUAAGUGUUCGCGGUGCAGCAAAGUGCGGAAGCGCCGUUGUACACCUGUAGGUCAUAACAAACUACCUUCAAGCUUUCUCGGCCCGAGUAUCUCAUACGGACCUUGGCAACCUGCACAGGUAACUAAUAACCUAGAAUCCAGAUCUCCACACAGUCCUAUCCGCUCGCAUCAGCACUACUUCAACUACAGGACAGGGCUCUGGGCAUGACGCAGUCAGAGAGGGAGAGCCGCGACUUCAUUGCUCAGUGUACCGAGGCCGCGAAGGAGUUUAACGCCUGCCGCAUCGUAGAGGGCAAGGACCUGGCAUCUUCAAAGCGGGAGGCUCAAGACGAGCACGUCGAAUCUGCUCGCCCCCUCAAGAUCAAAUUCAGUGAUGCUCCAGAUAUAUCUGGUGACGCUGGCAACCCGGUUCCUGAACGGACUUCUAGUAAAUAA